UUUAGUUUGACUCGGUUCUCUGUGUUGGCCACAACACUUUCUUCUUAAAUUAUUUUUGUUUCUUUCUUUUGAUAUUUAACGAAAAAAGUAUCUACGAAAACUAACUAAAAUUAUAACAAGUGCCUUUAAUUACUCGCUAGUAAUACGAAACGAAUAAGCUAAUAAUCAUAAGGAAGUUAUUAUUAAUCAUAAAAAAGAAACUAACACACAAAAAAUUGUAACCUAAACGCGACGCAGCAAACACGUAAAGAAAACCAGAAGACGACAAAACUCGCAGCCAGACGACAACGUUGACGUUAAACGAAAAAAAGUAGUAGUAGUUGAAAAUGUAAAUGGAAUUCGGUGACGCUCGUCGCUGGCCAAGAAUAACAAGAAUUCAAGUUAGAAUAGAACACACAACAACAAAACUUAAGACCAACAACAAAUAGCUGCUUGGCUAACGUGAGAUUCUACCAAAAAGUAAAAGAAAGCUAGCUUGCUACCACAGAGUGUUUUUUGUAGUGUUACGUACCUACGUACAUUCCACUGUAUGUAUGUAGCGCGAGUUGUGUGCGCCUGAUAUUGUGUGCAGCAGUGUGUUCUUUUGUGAAAUUUGUGGAUAUCUUUUAAAUAUUCCCAACGAAAAAAAAGUGUCUUACAACAAGCGAACGCCAACUAAAAUUCUACCAACCUGGAGCAGUGGACAGUCAUCAAACAUUUGAAAAAUGCCUUUAAAAUUUCUCAAGAAAUGUCGACAAUAUAAUGUGACAUCGAAAAGUCUUUUUGUCAUAUCUGUGCAUCAUUUAUUGGAUACCACAACCACCGUCGAUUGUACCAUCAGCUCGGAGAGCAAAGGCCAAGAAUGUCUCGACAAUGUCUGUCAACGUUUGCUCAUACAACAGCCGGAAUUUUUCGGUCUACGCUAUAUUGUCAAGGGAAAAGAAGAUGAAAUGAAAUGGAUCGAUUUGGAACGUUCCCUUAGUCGUCAGCUGGAAAAAUAUGCUGCCGGUACGAAAAUCUUUCUGCGCGUACGACACUAUGUUACAACGGGUGUACGGCAUUUGAGUGAUGAGGUGACGCGUUACUACUACUUUCUACAGCUGAAAAACGAUAUCUAUGAGGGAAAGAUUGCCUGUGAUAUACGUACGGCCAUACUGUUGGCCCUCUAUUGUCGGCAGGCGGAAUACGAUAGUUAUCAGAGCGAUAAACAGAGUAAAGAUUAUUUGAAAAAGUCAUUGGUAUUGCCGAAAAAUCUACAAGGUCUGGCAAAUGAUGAUAAUCUUUUGGAUAGUCUUAUACUCGAAGUUCUGCAACAACACUCCGGCAUACAACACCUGACAACAUCUCAAGCCGAAGAAAUGUACAUACAAUGUUGCCAACAGCUAGAAGGUUAUGGCGAGGAGCGUUUUCAGGCCAAAGAUAAUCUUGGUAAUGACAUCAAUUUGGGUUUGGCCAUCAAUGGAAUGGUUGUGACAGCCGAAAAUGGUCGACAAUAUUUCCCAUGGAAAGAUUUUCACACUGUGACCAUUGAUAAACGAACGAUACGUAUCGAACAGAAUAAGUCGGAUGGUACGCUGUUUGUGGGUUCGUUUAUCUUUUCUGAGGCGGAUACGGCUCGUUAUUUUUGGAAAUUAUGUAUAACACAACAUAAAUUCUUUAAACGUUAUAUCGAUGAGGAUUCAUCGUCGAGCAUGGGUGAUGUGGAGAGUGCCAAUGGUAUAUCGAUUGGGGGUGGUGUUGGUGGGGCAGAAGCCAUAAAUGCCUCGGCUUUUAGUGGUUAUGACUUGAGUGAUUCGCGGGAGGAUUUAUUGAUGGAACAACGUGCCAUUUAUGUGCCUGGUGCAAAUAAUUCCGUAACCAUUGGCGGCGGGGGUGGUGGAAAUAAUGGUGGUGGUGGCGGCUAUCAACAGGCCACCGUAACGCCACAACAAACCCAAGAGUAUUUGUCCUCGGUUCAGUCAUUGCAUCAUCAAUCGAAUAGUCAACUUCCGCCACAUGGCAUGAUAACAUCGGCCAACUCCUCAUCGGCCCUGAUGUCUUCCAAUAUCUCCCUGGCAGCUAGUCAUCAAUCGGGUAGUGGUAGAGCGGAUAAUAAUGGUGGGAUCAAUGGUAGUGCUCUACACAUGGGAGGGGGGCAUCAUGGCAGUAGUCAGUUGGGUCAAAGUUGGCUGAGCAAGGAGUACUCCCAUGACUAUGUCUCCUCUUCCCAACACUUGUCCAAUAGCAUUUUGGAUACCCGCCUGCAGAGCAGUUCCUGUCAAGAUUUGAGCAACAAUAAUCUCCACAGUAGUUCUAGUUUUUUGGGUCAUACCAACAACAAUCAUUUGUUGGCUGCUGAUGCCCAUGAAAGGGAACGGCUGAAGGCUAUGUUACCCACCUAUAGACCAGCACCUGAUUAUGAAACAGCGGUCCAGCUGAAAUAUCGUUUCCCCUCCAAUGAGUUGUAUAAUUUGAAUCAGCUACAAUAUCAAGCUGCUGCUUUGGCAGCUCACAAUUCGGCCGCAGUGUAUUAUGCAGGAUCUCAGCCAGAUGUCCAUCAGGCAGGAGAAGGUAUGAUGUUGGGCCAUCUGGCCACACAUCGUUAUCCAGAUGUGGCCCAGCCGGCGCAAGCCAUGCAUGCUCAAUAUAAUAUGAAUGCUGCCUCCCAGACUGCCGGCGGUGGCGGAAUGGGUGGUUCUGGCCAGGGCAACAAUGUCUAUGUGGAUGUAUCACAACGCCUACAAAUGAUGAGAACAAAACCACCACCACCAUAUCCGGUGAAUCGUUUAAGUUCUUCGUCCACACCCGAUCUGGCGGUGGCCUCACAUCGUCCGCUAUUGGGUUAUAGGGCCUAUGUUUCGGGUUCAUCACCCGAUUUGGUGUCAAAUCGUAAUCUAUUAAAUUCCCAAUAUCCAUAUGGCGGGGGACAACCUUCAGCUUUGGUGGGUGGUCCGGGAGGAAUCGCUGGCGGAGGUGGAGGGCAGAUAACCACAUCCUCGGGGGCCACCAUGUUACAUCAGUAUCCCUAUAUGGGACACAUGGGUCACUCCCAAUCAUAUCUGCCGCCGCAUGGAACAUUUGAAAAUUUAAAUAUGAUUGAGGAGCAGCCCUCGAUUAUGUCACAACUACGGCAAUCGGCCCUGUCCCAAGCAGCUGCGGCAGCAGCAGCCGCCGCCAACAAUCAAAAUAGCUAUGAACAAAAUUCUCCCACACUACCGCCCUCCGGCUAUCGGUCUUCCUCCUCAUCGUCCCAACAACAGGCCACACAAUCUGGUGGCCUGCAACGCAAUGCCAUGAAUGGUUCCAUAGAACCUAUUUAUGAAAAUGUACCACUGCCCCACUAUCAGUCAUCAUCGUCGGUUACACCCCAACGUAAUACCGAACAACGUUCCUCCGGGUCUUCAUCAACAUACAAUAGUGAACAAGCGGCCAUGCGAAAUCGCACGUCUUCCAUACAAUCAGCACCGGGUGGUAUUCAUCAGCAGCAGCAGCAACCUCCAGUGCCGGCGGCAAGGCAUCAUCAUUUACAACAGCAGCAGCAGCAGUAUAUGCAAUCUCCAGCCGAUGAGCCAGAUGAAAUUUCAAUGAAUAUUAAAAAAUUCAGUCAUCAAACUCAACAAGAUCGAGCGGCUAGCACGGAUAUGCAGCUACUGGAUCCAACGCCACCUCAACGAGCAAUGAGAGCCGCAUCUGCAGCCCCUGCCAUUGGACAAACAUCCAAUAGCAAUAAUCUUAGCAAUCAUGAAACCAACACUCCCAUCAAAGUUACUCCACCACCGCGGCAGCAUAGGAAUAUGAAAAAUUCCUCAUCAGUAUCGGCUGCCGAUAUACCUCCCUCCUCGCCAAUGUCUUCCUCCUCAACAGCGGCAGCCAUGAAUUCAAGUCGUCUGAUUGCCUCCUCAUCUUCCGUGUCCCAUGAUGAUUCUUUGAAUCAACAAUUCGCCACCAUGAAUUUGUCUUCCACAUCAUCUUCCAUGUACAACAGUACCCUAGAUACAACCACACAAAGUUCAAGCACUGCAAAUAGUUCGUCGAAGCAAGAGAAACGUAAAAAACGUUGGAAUUUCUUGGGUCGCAGUAAAACGCCCGAUAAACAAAAGUCAGCCACACUGGGACGAGAGAAGGCAUCGAAUACCACAAAGUUGCAGAAAAUUAAGCUGGCUCAGGAUGAUUUGAAUUUACAUCAUCGCUGGUCGACGGGAGUGCCAAAACUGCAACCCAUAUCGGGGCAAUUCUCAAAGGAUAAAUUGAGCCAAAUACUCAACGAUAAACUGAAUGAUUCCCAACUCUUUAUGGAAUUCGAGGGCAUACCGAAACGUCGUGAUAUGGCCCGUUAUGAUUGUGCCCUGUUGGAAGAGAAUGCCAUGAAAAAUUCCGAUCCUAAUUUCCUACCCUAUGAAGAUAAUCGGGUGCGUUUAACACCCACCAUGGAAAAUCGUCAUGGCUAUGUUAAUGCCUCGCAUAUUUCGGCCACUGUUGGUAACAAACAACGUUUUUAUAUUGUGGCUCAAUCGCCCCAUGAAGAUUUGACGACACGCAUAUUUUGGCAAUGCGUUUGGGAGGCUGAUGUCUAUUUAAUUGUCCAGUUGUCGGAGGAUUUAAAUUACAUACCUCCCAAUACAAAUCAACGAAUGGAGUUUGGUCAGUUCCAGGUUUAUCAGGAAUUCUCACAAACUACCGACCGUUGUAUAACAAGUAAACUGCGUCUUUAUCACAUACAAUCAAGGCGUUAUCGUUCGGUAUGGCAUCUAAACUACACCGAUUGGGGUGAACAAAAUUGUCCACGAGAUGUAAAUCAUUUCUUGGAUUUUCUCGAAGAAUUGAAUUCAGUGCGUAUGGCUUCAAUAAAUGAAGUGCCGCCCGGACACAAUACCAAUCCACCUGUGCUAUUGCAUUGUCUAGAAGGUGGCGGUAGAUCAGGUGUGACAUUGACAGCUGACUUGUUGCUUUAUACGCUUGACCAUAAUGAGGACUUGGACAUACCCCGUGUCAUUGGUAAUUUGCGACAUCAAAGAGAUAACAUUAUACCAUCUUUGGCUCAAUAUAAAUUUAUUUAUAGUCUGCUCAUAACAUAUCUAAAACGAACGAGAUUAAUUUGAAAAAAAAAUUUACACGAUCAUAUAUUUUUUGUUUUCAUUGUAAUUCAAAAUUUUCUAUUUCGGAGAUCUUGAAAUCCUCCUCAUAUGUAUACAACGAUUUUCAUUUAUAUCACUACUUAGCUAUGGCAAUUUAAUUGCCUUUUUUGAAAUUAGUUUAAUUUAUUGCCCUGUUAACUAAAUUCGAACAAUUUUUUUUAUUCCCCUCUCCGAUGAUAGGGUGCUCCCUUUAGUCUUAUUGAAAAUUAUACCCGGCCCUUGUAUUUAUCAAAUCAAUGCUGCUCAUUAAAUAUAUUUUCACUACCCCUGCCCCCUCUGCUUUCAUGUAUAUAAACCCCUUAUUAUUCAUUUGUAUGCGAAAUUUUCUAAAAUAAUUUAUACAAAAAUUUAUUUUCUAUUCUUUUUAAUAUUUAUAUAUUUAGAGCAUAGAAUGUAUGUAUUUUUAUUUAAUUAUUAUAAUUACAUGUUUUUGUUUUUGAGUAGCAAAGAGGUUUAAGUAAAAAAAAACGAAACAAGUGUAAUAACAACAGCUUCCAUAUUCAUCAUUCAUUGUUUUUUUGAAGUAACUUCAUAUUAUUCACCAUCAAGUUUUUCUUGUUGUUAGCUUUAAGUUUAAGAAGACAAAAGAGUUAAGCAAUUAUUUGUGCCUUGUAUUAAAUAAAUAAAACAAAACAAAAACUUUAAGUUUAUAUACAAAAUAAAAUAUACAAAUACGAAAAAAA